GUUUCGCUCGCGCGGGUGGAAAAAGGGGGGAGAAAACGACCGGUUGUCGGAGCGGAUGGCUGGUUUUUAUUCCUCUCCUCGUUUGUGGAGUGGAGAGCGCUUCCCCUCCUCGCCCUCCUCCUCGCUAUUGCUCUUCUUCCCCCCGUUCUCCUCUCUUUUCUUCUCCUCUCGCUUCCUUGUUCUUUCUUCUUGCUGCUGCUGCUGCUGCUGCUGUUGUUCCUCCUCGUCUUCCGCGAUUGAAGAAGCCAGAAUCUGACGCGCGCGGCGGAGGGGAAUGGGUGGUGCGGCGGGGAUCCUUUGAUGGGAGGUGGUGGAUGGAGUACGAGGGAACCGGAGUCCAGAUGCACGGCGUCAGGCCGCCGGCGGCCAUGACGGAGGGAUCUUCAUCGCUUGACGAAGGUCAGGGCUAGGGUUUCUUGCGUUCCUUCCGUCCACUGUAGUAAUGAGGCAAUGUGGCAAAUGAAUUUGAGAGGGAGUGAAUCAAUGGAAUCUGGACCCUAUCCCGAGCGGCCAGGAGAGGCAGACUGUGGUUAUUACAUCAGGACUGGCCUCUGUAGAUUUGGAAUGACUUGUAAAUUUAAUCACCCACCCAAUAGAAGGCUGGCUAUUGCUGCUGCUAGAAUUAAGGGGGGUUAUCCUGAAAGAGUAGGGCAACCUGAAUGUCAGUAUUACUUGAAGACUGGUACAUGCAAAUUUGGAGCUACAUGCAAAUUUCACCACCCGAAAGAUAAAGCUGGAAUUGCUGGGCGAGUUCAAUUAAACAUUUUAGGCUAUCCACUUCGGCCGAAUGAGAAGGAAUGUGCAUAUUACAUAAGAACUGGACAGUGUAAGUUUGGGAACACCUGUAAAUUUCACCAUCCACAACCAUCUAAUGCGAUGGUUGCUUUACGUGGCUCUCCUGUUUAUCCUCCUGUACAUUCUUCGACAACCCCUGGGCAGCAAUCUUAUCCCGGGGGAUUGACAAACUGGUCCUUGUCAAGAACUUCUUUCAUUCCAAGCCCUCGAUGGCAAGAUCCUUCAAGUUAUACUCAACUGAUUCUUCCUCAGGGGUUGGUUCAAGUCCCUGGGUGGAAUCCAUAUCCUGGGCAGAUGGGGUCUUCAUCCCCAGACAGCCAACAACAAACACCAGGUGCUGCUCAGUAUUACAGUACAACACACCAAAGUGAAACAAGUGCAGGAGCUCAAGGAACAUUUUCAUCCUACCGACCAGGCUCCAUCCCUAUGGGUGUUUAUGCCCUGCAGAGGGAGAACAUAUUCCCUGAGAGGCCUGACCAACCUGAAUGUCAGUUCUAUAUGAAGACUGGAGAUUGUAAGUUUGGUGCAGUCUGUAAGUUUCAUCAUCCUAGGGAGAGAUUGGUUCCUGUGCCAAAUUGUUUAUUGAGUCCAUUGGGCCUUCCUCUGCGCCCAGGGGAACCCUUGUGCGUCUUUUAUUCUCGAUAUGGUAUCUGCAAAUUCGGUCCUAAUUGUAAAUUUGACCAUCCCAUGGGUACUUUCACAUAUGGUAUUUCAACAUCCUCUACAGCUGAUGUACCGACCGUUCGGCGUCUAAUAGGAUCAUCAUCGGGACCUCCCGCAUUAACCUCAUCAUCGGAAGGGCCUGCUGAUGCUGGCAUGGGAAAGCCCAGAGACUCCAGACGACUUUCGCUGUCAGAAUCUCGGCAGAUAGGAACUGGUGAUGAAAAUUUGGAGGCAGAGGCAUCACAUACCAGUUCUAGUAUCGGGCAGGUUUCUUCUUUUCCUUAAACUACAGGAUUAUGACAGUUCCUCCAUAAAAUGAGUUCCAGUGCUGGAGAUUUACAUUCUUUCCAUGAAGAGCUGGGUUUCUCACUUGUCGGCAAAUUCAAGACAUUCUCAAUUUCCUAAAUUUCCAAUGUUUCUCCUUUAAGUCUGCAUCAUAUCAUUUUCAGUGAAAAAUAGGAAAUGUCUCCUUGUCAUUGCAAGCCCAUGUGCCUUUUAGUAGGGGUUCUCUUUUCUUGAAAAUUGCAAGCCCAUGUGCCUUUUAGUAGGGGUUCUCUUUCCUUCUUUGUCCUCUGUAUAAAAUACUUGCUCCUAUUGUACCAAUUCCCCUCUCCAUCCCCCCUCCCUGUAAUGGCUUCAUGUAAUAUUUUGGUCUAGAUGCUCCUGUCUUUCUUUGCUUGUAUCGUUUUGUGAUCAUCUGUUAGUCGUUCUGUUAUUUAUUCCUGGUAGAAUUGAUCAUGCCAAGGAUUGUUUCUCCAGUAUCCGUAGGGGUGUAGGAAAGUUUUCCUUAUUCCCUGGUGCGCUCUCUCAUAUUGUAGAUAGUGCUCUGCUGCAAAAUUUCACAUGGGCAGUUCAACUUGUUAAAAUUUAUGUGAUAGAGAUGGCGGAAAGACGGAAGGAUCUUCCUUGUACCUGAGUAAUGGGACCAAUGACUGAGCCGGCUGUUCAUCAAAGGAUUUAAGUACAUCUUCCAUGUUUUGGUGCUUUCUCGGAUGAUCCUUGAAAAUACAUGUGCUGUUAGCUGUAGGCUUGCAUGUUGGUUUUACAUGACAAGAGAUAGAAACUCUAGUUUUCGGUCCUUCCAACAGGUUAUUUGAAAAUUUCAGAGAAUCAGUCGUAAGACUGAUAGAAAUUUCUAUUGUCAGCUGAACCAUUCAUUUGCAACAUUUUUAUUCAGGAAGCCAUUGUGAGAGUUGACAUGAACAUGAGAUACUUUUGGUUCUCGUUGCUGUUUGAUGAAUAAAUUGUAUGUGAUCAAUAUUUGUUGUGA